AUGGCAUCAUUGCAAUUAGGCAGCGAAAAUCGCCCAGUUCAGCGAGAUGAACUUGGAGGAGAUGCUGGUGACAGAUUCAGCAAUUCCGAGGAUGACCCAAAGUCUCUGAAAUCACCUCAAGAAAAUGCCCAACAGGUUCAAGAGAAAAAAAAUACGAUUACGGAAAGCGUGUCAUCUUCAGAUUGCGCAGUGCUCGAGCAAGAAUCUGGUUAUUUCAUCCCCAACGUGCAGAAACCCAUUCGAAAUCCCCGUUCCCGGCAGCUUAAAACCCCCGAAAAGGAUGCCCAACCUUACCCAGGAGGAACCCCGAAACCCGACCCCGGGGUUUCAAUCCCGGAAAUCAUCACCAAGCUGAUGCCUCAAGCCCGGAAAACCUUUCACGGGAAACAAGCCACGACCAUGGAAGUCAGCUUCACAGACUCGGAACCCGUGCUGGACAAGUCUUCCAAAAUGUGGACAGAAAUGUCCAGUCAACCCCCGGUUGGAGACGGCGAAGAAACCCGGAUAAUAUUUUCGAUCAGAGACAAUAAUGUGUCCACGGAGUCGAUCCUGUGUCCGGUUGACGCCGAGGCAUUAUUGCCUCGAAAUUACGAAGACGAGAUGAAAUUCAAAAGCCUGGUGAAUGUCGUGGAAAUCGCUCACGGAGAAAAGCAUCACAGACGAGCCAUGAGUGCAAAAAAUCGAAAGCACGGGUUUGCUGGAAAUAUUCGAAAGGAUCUCGUGAAUGCCGAAAAUAUGCUUUUGUGUUCGACCAGCAACGACGCGAGUCAGGUCCUCGUGUCGGACACUUUCGGGGUUCACCUGCAAUUUCAGGAUCAACCCGGGAAAAACUUGGAUCCAACAUCCAUUAAUUGUAAAGUCAAUUCUGUGAGGAAGGACAAGGCCAAUAAGAGCGAGACGAACAAGACGCGCAGUAAAUCAAUCAGCUCUUACAAAACACGAUCAGAAAUUGCCGACACACUGGACGCAGUCUUGGGACGAAAUGCAAUUCUAGAGAAGGAAAAUUACCGCCUGAGGAAAUCACACGCCUGCAGGGACGUCAAGGCCCUACUCGAGAAACUCGACCAGGUCUCUAAAAACAUCAAUACAUUACAAGCAGACAAUGAGCCAAGUCAAGUCCGGGAUCUACGCAGACUUCGUCGCACCGGAAUCACCGUUGUCUCCAACAACAUCAACACAAACAACAACAACAACAACAACACACAGCAUCCACCCUCAUCAUCAUCAACAUCUUCCGCCAAUCCGAUCGAAAAGGUCUCCGAAACGAAACUCCUUCAAGCCGAGCGACAGAAAAUCCUCACCAAUACGCUGACGACCGUCAACGACAUCGUCGACAACGUCACUGUGCUCGUGGAAAACUUGAAAUCGUCUCCGGGUCUAUGGUUGGAUUUGAGCGAAGCCCGUGCAGAACGAGAUUCUGCGAGAAAGGCUUUGAUGGCGAGCGAAGAAAAGAACCGGGUUUUGGAGCAGAGAGUUGAGAAGAUGAAGGCGGCCAUUGUGUGUUUUGCUUGUGACGACCUGUCUUCGAAUCUCGGUACCGUCAGU